AUGACAAGCAUGGAUAUCCCCUAUUCGCAAAUAAGUUCAUUUGUGAACUCGUCAUUCUUCCAGAAGCUGUCCCAAUUGAAGCUCAACAAAUAUAGACUGGACGACACGGACAAGGCGAUAGUGGGCAGUGUCGAUUUUAAGUUCAUUGGGAAGAACCAGCCAACAAGUUUAUCUGUAGAUGAGUCAAGCUUCAAUGAUAAUAUAACUUACACGCAUGCACAGUUCCCGGUCAAAGGAAUACUGAAGAACUUAAACACGGUUGAGGAUUUCAGAAAGGUGGACAAGAAUGAAUUUCUUCAAUCACAGGGUUUGGUGGUGCAUAAAUCAAUUCAAGACCGUUCGUGUCUAAAAGAUCUCUCAAAGUUGACCCAAUUUUUCAUUCUGUCCUUUAGCGACUUGAAAGGGUUCAAAUUCAUCUAUUGGUUUGGCUUCCCAUCAUUAGUGAGUAGAUGGAAAGUAAACAAACUGAGUGGUCUAACUGAAUCGCAGAUAGAGCCGUAUGAAAGUAAGCUUAACGAGUGGCUAAAUGCUCGUUUGCCCAUUGAGCAAAAGCAAGCUUUCAUUAUUGACAACCUUGAAUUCAAACCGUUUGAACAAUUGUCAAGUUUUUCACCUGACGAUCAGCUUAGCAUUGGGUUUAUUGACACCAGCAGCAUCCUCAACAAAUGUUCCACCCAGUUGAGAAAUAUUCUGUACAUGCUGGCUUAUUAUGGCUUUGAGAACAUCAAAGUAUACAAUUUCAGAUUCAACAAUACCACAUCCUUUACAUUAGACAUCACUCUUGCUGAGCCUCUUACUUCCGAGCCAAAAACAACAGGGUGGGAGAGAACUGCUCAAGGUAAGUUGGGCCCCAAACUGGCCGAUAUAGGUGCUUUGGUUGACCCUGCCCGCUUGGCUGACCAAUCAGUUGAUCUAAAUUUAAAGCUGAUGAAAUGGAGAGUCAUGCCUGAACUUGAUCUGGAUAUCAUAAAGAAUAGUAAGGUUCUACUUCUCGGUGCUGGAACACUGGGAAGUUAUGUCUCGAGAGUAUUGCUAGGAUAUGGAGUUCGACACAUUACGUUUGUUGAUAAUGGUAAAGUUUCAUUCUCUAACCCUGUUAGACAACCGUUGUUCAAUUUUACAGAUUGUUUGGAGGGAGGUGCUCCGAAAGCCGAAACUGCAGCCAAAGCAUUGAAAUUAAUUUUUCCGUUAAUAACAAGCCAAGGAUAUAACUUGGAAGUACCUAUGGCUGGACACCCGGUUACCGAUGAAAAAAGACAGUAUGAAGACUAUCAAAGGUUAGUGACCCUAAUAAAGGAACAUGAUGUAGUUUUCCUUCUAAUGGAUUCAAGGGAAACGAGGUGGCUGCCUACCGUGCUUUGCAACGUUUUUGAUAAAAUUUGCAUCACUGCUGCAUUGGGAUUUGAUUCAUACCUGGUAAUGAGACAUGGAAACUUGUUUAAUACCGAGCACAUAGAAGCGGAAGAGAACUCUCACAGGCUGGGAUGCUAUUUCUGCAACGAUAUCAUUGCUCCGAAAGAUAGCACAACUGAUCGAACUUUGGAUCAAAUGUGCACAGUGACCAGACCAGGGGUAGCCUUACUUGCUAGUUCUUUGGCUGCGGAACUAUUUGUUUCCAUUCUUCAACACCCUCUAAAGAGUCAUGCGCCUGCAUCACUCCAUGAUAAUGCCACAGUUCUUGGAUGUUUACCACAACAACUCCGAGGGUUUCUUCACAAUUUCGAAACCUCCAAACUUGAAGCAAAUAACUACGAAUACUGCUCUGCAUGUUCGAUACAGGUAUUAAACGAAUACAAAUCCAGAACUUGGGAUUUUGUCAAAGAUGCCCUGAAUGAAAACAAUUAUCUUGAGGAUUUGACAGGCCUUACUAAGGUCAAGCAAGAAUCUGAGAUAGCCGAGAAGAAGUUUCAAGAGUUUGAAAACGGUUUAGAGUUUAGUGAUGAAGAUUCAGAAUGGAUAAACUAA